ACUAGUCCACCCACAAGGCAGUUGAUUUCCUGUAAAAUUGUCAAGCGCAAUUGUUCACGUUUUUUCGCAAUAUCGACUUAUUUAUAGUAUUGAUACGGGAAGUGUUGGUUUAUAUUCAUAAAAGAGUAAAUACCGCGUUAUAAUCAUGCCGAAAAAUAAAGGAAAGGGAGGUAAAAAUCGUAGGAGAGGAAAGAAUGAGAAUGAAAAAGAAAAGAGAGAAUUGGUGUUUAAAGAUGACGGUCAAGAAUAUGCUCAAGUAACAAAGAUGCUUGGCAAUGGGAGAUUAGAAGCAAUGUGUUUCGAUGGUGUUAAAAGGUUAUGUCACAUAAGAGGGAAGCUGAGGAAAAAAGUAUGGAUAAAUUCUGGGGAUAUUAUUCUGUUAGGUUUGAGAGAUUAUCAAGAUGCCAAGGCCGAUGUGAUAUUGAAAUAUACACCUGAUGAGGCUAGAAAUCUGAAAACAUAUGGCGAAUUGCCAGAAUCAGCUCGUAUUAAUGAGAACGUUGAUGACGGUGACAAUGAAGGUGACUACAUCACAUUCGAUGACUUUGAUGGAUCAGAUGAUGAAAUCGAUGAUAUAUGACAAACAUACAAUAUUGUGUCAUUGUGUAUGAAUGCAGUGAAAAAGAGUGCUUGGAAAAUCAGGAACAUUUUGUACAUAAGACAGGACAAUGUUUAUUAAAAUUUUUAGAAGACUUGAAAUAAGUCUUCCUAGUGUAGAGUCUUUCAGAUGCUGGCAAUGGUCAAGUGGUCAAUAAAGUGGGACGUCUUAUUGUGUAAAUCACAAAACUUUAUCUUGUGUGUAAAGAAUUUAUCAGGGAAAGAAAAA